AUGUCUUCCAAAAUCAACAGAGCAAAGAAUAGAUCCAGGUCCUCAAGAGCUGGGUUGCAGUUCCCAGUUGGAAGGAUCCACAAGAUCUUGAAGAAAGGGAAUUAUGCACCCAGAAUAGGCAGUGGAGCUCCAAUUUAUUUGGCGGCAGCCCUGGAGUAUUUGUCUGCAGAAAUCCUCGAACUUGCAGCUGAAGCAGCAUCAGAUAAUAACAAGAGCAGAGUCAUUCCAAGACACAUUUUAUUCGCCAUUAGAAAUGAUGAGGAAUUGAACAAAAUGUUGUCAGGAGUGACGAUAUCACAAGGUGGUGUGCUGCCUUCUAUUAACCCCAUACUGCUGCCUAAGAAGACUGUUAAGAAUGAUGGAUAA